CCAGUAUUACGACCUAAGUGUAACACAUAAUUAACCAUAAUUAAUAAUAUUUUACAAAAAUCCUAACAAAAUAUUUACAAAAAUGCGUGCGGUACUAAGUUUGACGGUAUUAUGCCUAGUGUUUUCACAAAUCGCCUGCCAGAGCCACGACUUGGUACUUGGGCAGGCGAACUUCGGAGAUGUGGUUACCUUCAAAACGAACGAAGCCAAGUACGGGUUUCCCUUCAUCGUGAGGACCAGCAUCAUAGAGUACCCGGAACCAGGUCAAGUAAACUACGCAUACAUCAGAGCAAUCUACGUAAAAGACAACGAGCGGGAUGGAACCGGCGGCUACCCUAGUAUUUCCUCUGGCGGGGUCGGCCAGAGAUUCGUCAAGAUCAAGCUGAAGAGCCAAAGAGGUCACGGGUUCAACUUCACUGUCACCAUCUACGGGAGAUACAUCUAAACUCCUAUGAGGUACUGGUCUCCUGGUACCGGUUGGAUGAGAUUGCGCUUUUGAAAUUGUUGUUUGUGCCAUGUUUGUUAGUUAGAGUUUAAUAAAUUAUUUGUAAUUUUAA